GGAAGACGCUCCGAUAACCCGUGCGUUUCGUAAGGCUUGGAGCACUUGUACAUUUCUGCAGGCGCGUAGCGAGCCAUUCGCGGCGGCUGCUGCAGCUCCGACUGCAUCUUCCUCCUCCUUCUUCCUCCAGCUCCGCGCGUGUGUAUGUGAGUGUGUGCGAGUGUGUUUUGCAGGUGUGUCCGCUUUAAUUCUGUCCAGGAGGUGGGACUUGGUGACUUUAGCACCAUUUUUUCUUUUUUUAUUAUUAUUAUUUUUGCUUUCCCACCGUCUGUUGUUGCAACCCUGCAAAGUCUCGGAGUCGGAGAGCGCGCCUCGUUUCAAGAGCUCCUGGACCCCAGAAGCCGGCGAGCGCCGAGCCGGCCACCAUGCCCGGCAGACCGCGCCACUAGGCGCUCCCCGCGGCUCCUACCCGGCGGCAGUGGUGGCAGCGAUGGUUUCUGACGCUAAAGGAUUUUGCAUCUGAUCGCUCGGCGUUUCAAAGGCAGAGGCCCCCCUCCCCCUUCCCCCUCCCUCGCCGUCUUUGUUUCCUUCCCCCCCUGCUCUCCCCUCUCCCCCCACCCCACCCCCUCUCCUCUCCACCUCCUCUUUUUUAGAAGCAGCGAUCGGAGAUGGAUGUCUCUCUUUGCCCAGCCAAGUGUAGUUUCUGGCGGAUUUUCUUGCUGGGAAGCGUCUGGCUGGACUAUGUGGGCUCCGUGCUGGCUUGCCCAGCAAAUUGUGUCUGCAGCAAGACUGAGAUCAAUUGCCGGCGGCCGGACGAUGGGAACCUCUUCCCCCUCCUGGAAGGGCAGGAUUCAGGGAACAGCAAUGGGAACGCCAGCAUCAACAUCACGGACAUCUCAAGGAAUAUCACUUCCAUACACAUAGAGAACUGGCGAGGCCUGCACACACUCAACGCUGUGGACAUGGAGCUGUACACAGGACUCCAGAAGCUGACCAUAAAGAACUCUGGACUCCGGAACAUUCAGCCCAGAGCCUUCGCCAAGAACCCCCACUUGCGUUACAUAAACUUGUCAAGUAACCGGCUCACCACACUCUCCUGGCAGCUCUUCCAGACGCUGAGUCUUCGGGAAUUGAGACUGGAGCAGAACUUCUUCAACUGCAGCUGUGACAUCCGCUGGAUGCAGCUGUGGCAGGAGCAGGGGGAGGCCCGGCUGGACAGCCAGAGCCUCUACUGCAUCAGUGCUGAUGGCUCCCAACUCCCCCUCUUCCGCAUGAACAUCAGUCAGUGUGAUCUCCCCGAGAUCAGUGUGAGCCACGUCAACCUGACCGUCCGGGAAGGAGACAAUGCUGUAAUCACUUGCAAUGGCUCUGGCUCUCCCUUGCCUGAUGUGGACUGGAUAGUCACUGGGCUGCAGUCUAUCAACACCCACCAGACCAAUCUGAACUGGACCAAUGUACAUGCCAUCAACUUGACCCUGGUGAAUGUGACGAGCGAGGACAAUGGUUUCACCCUGACGUGCAUUGCAGAGAACGUGGUGGGCAUGAGCAAUGCCAGCGUUGCUCUCACUGUCUACUACCCUCCACGUGUGGUGAGCCUGGUGGAGCCUGAGGUACGCCUGGAGCAUUGCAUUGAGUUUGUGGUGCGUGGCAACCCGACACCCACGCUGCACUGGCUGUACAAUGGACAGCCACUGAGGGAGUCCAAGAUCAUUCACAUGGACUACUACCAGGAGGGUGAGGUCUCUGAGGGCUGCCUGCUCUUCAACAAGCCCACCCACUACAACAACGGCAACUACACCCUCAUUGCUAAGAAUGCCCUGGGCACAGCCAACCAGACCAUCAAUGGCCACUUUCUUAAGGAGCCCUUUCCAGAGAGCACGGAUUUCUUUGACUUAGAUUCUGAUGUGAGCCCUACACCCCCUAUCACCGUAACCCAUAAACCAGAGGAAGACACUUUUGGGGUAUCCAUAGCUGUUGGGCUUGCUGCCUUUGCCUGCGUCCUUCUGGUUGUUCUCUUUAUCAUGAUCAACAAAUAUGGUCGCCGGUCCAAAUUUGGAAUGAAGGGUCCUGUGGCUGUUAUCAGUGGCGAGGAGGACUCAGCUAGCCCACUGCACCAUAUCAACCAUGGGAUCACUACACCUUCCUCGCUGGACGCUGGGCCGGACACAGUGGUUAUUGGCAUGACUCGCAUUCCAGUUAUUGAGAACCCCCAGUACUUCCGUCAGGGACACAAUUGCCACAAGCCAGAUACGUAUGUCCAGCACAUCAAGAGGAGAGACAUCGUGUUGAAGAGAGAACUGGGUGAGGGGGCCUUUGGAAAGGUCUUCCUGGCUGAGUGCUACAAUUUAAGUCCCACCAAAGACAAGAUGCUUGUGGCAGUGAAGGCCCUGAAGGAUCCCACCUUGGCUGCCAGGAAGGAUUUCCAGAGGGAGGCCGAGCUGCUCACUAACCUGCAGCAUGAACAUAUCGUCAAGUUCUAUGGGGUGUGUGGUGAUGGCGACCCGCUCAUCAUGGUCUUCGAAUACAUGAAGCAUGGAGACCUUAACAAAUUCCUCAGAGCCCAUGGGCCGGAUGCGAUGAUCCUUGUGGAUGGGCAGCCACGCCAGGCCAAGGGCGAGCUAGGACUCUCUCAGAUGCUCCACAUUGCCAGUCAGAUAGCUUCAGGCAUGGUGUACCUGGCCUCCCAGCACUUCGUGCACCGGGAUCUAGCCACCAGAAACUGCCUGGUUGGAGCCAACUUACUGGUGAAGAUUGGAGAUUUUGGGAUGUCCAGAGACGUCUACAGUACUGAUUACUACAGGGAAGGGCCAUGCCAGAAGGGCCCAUUCAGCGUGUCAUGGCAGCAGCAGAGGCGAGCAGCGCCAGCAGCUUCCACACUCUUUAAUCCAUCUGGAAAUGAUUUUUGUAUAUGGUGUGAGGUGGGAGGACACACCAUGCUCCCCAUCCGCUGGAUGCCCCCUGAAAGCAUCAUGUACCGGAAGUUCACCACAGAGAGCGAUGUGUGGAGCUUUGGGGUUAUCCUUUGGGAGAUCUUUACCUAUGGGAAACAACCAUGGUUCCAGCUCUCCAACACAGAGGUCAUUGAGUGCAUCACCCAAGGCCGUGUCUUGGAGAGACCCCGAGUCUGCCCAAAAGAGGUAUAUGAUGUCAUGCUGGGGUGCUGGCAGAGGGAACCACAGCAGCGGCUGAAUAUUAAGGAGAUCUACAAAAUCCUCCAUGCUUUGGGGAAGGCCACCCCAAUCUACCUGGACAUUCUCGGCUAGUGUGACUGGCGGCCAAGCAUUUAUACUCUGUUGCCUCCUCUCUCCCUGCCUCAUUAUUCUCUUUUUCCUCAUCUCAACUCCUUUCUUCCAUCUUUGACUGAAACGAACAUCUUCAUAUAAACUCAAGUGCCUGCUAUACAUACAACACUGAAUUUAAAAAAAAACAAAA